AUGGCAUCUGAUCCCCUUCACGAUCUGGAUAACGUCUUUGAUGACCAUCCAUCUCUCGAUGCCUCACUUGAAGACUUUGAAGAACAGUACGCGCAUAGGUCUCCGUUCUUCGGCCUCCCGUCGCAACAUUCUGGUUUCCGCUCGGGUAUUUCAGAGUCACCGUCCGAGCAAGAUGGAAACAUCUCUCGAUCGAGCAGUCCGUGGUCUCCGCCCGGGCUACGAGCGACAUUCAUCAAGCCAGAUUAUCAGCAGCAUCAGACGCCCAAACAGCAGCAAUCUCUGGGCUACCAUCCAGCCAUGAUGGCUGGCGCAGCAUGGUACAGGCAACAACCGUACAUGCGCAACCAGCCAGACUUUAGACCAGAACACUUACAGCCGCAUAGUCCAGGCACGAGGUCGAGGGAGGUUAGUCCGCAGUAUGAGGAUGCGCCUGAGAAGCCGACGCCAACGACAACUGCAACAGUAACGCUGAAGGAGGAAACAAGUGAGUUGAUACUACCAGCAGCCGUGCCGCUACCCCCCAAUGCGACAGAUUCGCCCAUAAAAGGCCGCUCGCCGAGCCCAUCUCCAGAAACGAAAGCAGGAGCAGAGAAAGCUGCUUCAGAUGAAAAGAAUAAAGGUGAUAAAACUAAUUCCAAGCCAGUCUCUGGCUCGACCGAGAAAGAGCCUGAGUCAAUUACGAACUUCCGAGCUGAAGUCCAACAUCGCGAACCAUUUGUCGCAUUCUUCAACUAUAUGGGCGCAAAGUUCGAUUCCAUGACCCAAACCAGAUCGUCGACAUUACUAUCAGUCGCCGUUGCUCUGAUAUCACUAACAUUUAUGCGGGCGCUUUUCCUACCACCGCCCAUACCGCCGGUUCCUGACCUCGUGAAACUAUCAAGCUUCACGCGCUCAUUUGAGCCAUUGAUUUACUAUUCGGAAAACGGCGUGCAGCAGAUUGGUACGCUGCAAGAGACUGGAGUUGCUGUGUGGGAUCUUGCAGAGUCGGUGCGAGGAACGAACAUGACCAGUGCGCCGAUCAUAGUUAGAGAGCUGGACGAGCUAUCUCAAUCGCUGAAUUCGCUCUCCCUAGAGCUAACGAGGUUCUUCGCAAAUGUCGACGCAGAUAUCGACUCGAUAUUGAUUGUCAUGGAAUGGGCACGGAGGGAACUAGAAGCCCUAUCAUCUCAACCUCCCAAUACCCUUUCGUCCAUCUUCUUCGACAACUUCCACAGCAUGCUCUCUCGUCUAGGUGUGCUAGAAACAAUUCCCACUACGAUAUCCGCCAACAUCAGCAACGGGAUGAACAACGAAACCAGCGCUGACAUGCCCGUUGCCCCCGUGCCCACUCGCCUAGGAGCCUUCAUCACCACCAUAUUCGGCCGCACUCGCUCCCAACGCACCCAGUUAACGCUAACCCAUGCCUUCACCGAGCUACUCUCUGUGCUAGAAGAGAGCAUAAACAACGAACUAACCCACUCGACCUCCCUCUUCACACUCUUCGAGUCGAUAGACCGACAAUUCCUCAACCUUCAGCGCACGGUGGUCCGGGAAUCCAACGCCCAAGAACGCGCAGAAGGCGAACUGCUUUCUUCCCUCUGGACUCGAGUCCUAGGCUCUAACGCCAUGGCUCUACGCAAAUACGAAAAGAACCGCCGCCUGCUUUCCAGCGUCAGACAGCGCACCGUAGCUAACAAGCAUCUCCUCAUGGACCAUAGAGGCAGAUUACUUGCUCUAAAGGCGAACCUGGAAGCUCUACGACGCAAGCUUGUCAGUCCCUUGCUCCGUGGCGGGAACAGCUCAUCUGGUCUGGCGAUGGGUAUAGGCCCGUUGGUCGGUAUAAGUACUACAUCUGCACAUGGGGGCGGUGGAUCCGAAGAUGCGAUGGGAGCCGAGAAUGCAAUGGAGAUGAUUAUUCAUGGACAGAUAAGGGGGUUAGACGGGGCGCAUGAAUACCUCAAGGAUGUGAGGGAUAAGCAGAAGGCGAAGUUGAUGGAGAUGGUUUUUGGAGCGGGCAAUCGGCGUGGCGGUAGCGUCUUAGUUGAUGGCGAUGAGGAGGGAGAAAAUGAGGGCAAACCGGAACUGGAGGAGAUUGAAGAGAAAUAA